UCUAGUACUAGUAUCAUUUCAGAGAGAAGGAAGACUUGAAAGAAAAAGAAAAAAAAAUACAAAUAGAGAAAUUAUGUAAGAAAAUAUCAAUCUUUGAUUUAUUCACAAACCCUAAACUCUUCUUAUCAAAACCCUAACUCUCAUUUUCUUCAGCCUCCACCCUCUUCUGUCUCAACUACAUUAUCUUUUUCCUAACAAUUACUACUCAAAAUAUCUGUAAAUCUGAUUCUAGUUAGGAACAGGAUGUUAAAUAGGUGUGUAGCAAAGAAAAGACGGUAUGCAGAGAUCUCAAAUGAAAAAAACCAAGAAGAAAUUAAAGUUUACAAUUUUAAAGUUUUGUUACCAAAUGGUACUAGUGUUGAUGUAAGAUUGGAACAACCAGGUGAUCAGAUGCAUAUAAAUGAGUUUUUAGAGCUGGUAAGAGCUGAGCAUAAAAGAACUUUUAAAGAUUUUGAUUCUUCCAAAUUCAGAAGAAAGAUCUUUUGGAAUAGUGAAAGUGUUUACUUGGAAGAUGCUACUGGAUGUAAGAUUAGAUACAAGAUCUUGUUUUGUCAGUUCCUACCUAAAAUAUGCCAUUUCUUAAUACUUCAUGAUGGGCAGGAAAACAUGGCUUCAAGUUACGAGAAUAUGUGGGAUUUGACUCCCGGUACAAAUUUGUUAACGGAGCUUCCAGAAUCCUAUACAUUUGUGACCGCUCUUGCUGACUUGAUCGAUAAUUCAUUGCAAGCAGUAUGGUCAAAUAAUACUAAUGAGAGGAAAAUGAUUAGUGUGACUGUCGAUGAAGCUAGGAUUUCAAUAUUUGAUACUGGGCCGGGGAUGGAUGAAACUGAAGAAAACUCCAUAGCAAAGUGGGUUGGUUCAUAUUUACCACCACUUGCCAUUGCGUGUUAUGACAAAUAUGAUAAUCACAUGCCAUUCAUGUCUAUCCCUGAAUUGGAUGUUGCAAUAAACAUGAAUGGAACUGCGAUUCUCCCCGUGGAAAAACUGAAGGUGGAGCUGUUAUCCAGUAACAUGAUUCUCCAAAUCUCGGAUAUUUUGAUUGAAAGCGGAGAGCUGGACAAGAUCCGCCCCCAGUAUGAAGCAUCUCUGGGGAUAAGUUGCUCACAUGAUAAACUGAUAUCUCUAGCAAUCCCAUUUCUUGUUUUCCCUGGAUCGCUGCAAUCUGUUAAGGCAUUUAUCCCUGAUCUUGAGAAACAGUGGCUUCCUGGAGAUGUAAUCAAGGAGAUGCUUUUAGAGAUGUACGAUAGUUAUGGUAAUCAUGUCCAGCAAGGGACUGAAGUUCUAUUAAGUCUGGAUGGAUUUUGCUUUCAAGAUAAUGCUGGUCCUAAGCGUAAGGUGGAUGCUGAAGGAUGUAUCAACCUUAAUGGAAUCUUGAAGGUCAUUGGGAGCUUUGGGAAAACUGUUUCAUUUUCUGUUGAGUAUGACGGACAACUGCUUUUAAGGAAUGAAAUUCAAAUUGGCGAAAGAGAGCUGAGAAUCCUGACAACACUACCUGACAAUUGUGCUGCUGGUUCACUACUAGAAAACAUCAUCUUUGAGGUUGUUGAUUCAAAUGGCACUGUCGAUGAAACCAUACAUGAUAUGAGAUUUGGCCAAUCACAUAUGCUGACAAUAACGUCAGUGUCCUCAGAAGAAAAUGAUUGCGUCCGAUUCAUGUUUAGCCAUGGUAGAUGUGUUGUGCCGUUUAUUAUUGUUCCUCGAGAACCAGGGAUUUUCAGCUUUGUGGCUGCCCAUUCUUGCUACCCGGAGCUCUUUGUUGUUUGUAAGGUAAAUGUUAUGCAAUACCCAAAGAUGAAGAUGAAUUUGGUUGAGCAUGAUACUGUGCCAUUCCAAAGUCCCGGUGGGAAAAUGGUAGUCUUUCAGGAGGAACCUGUCUCUGCUAUGUGGAAAUACAAUCUUGACGACAUGAAGAAAAAUGAAGAUGAUGUUAAAAGGAUUGGAUCACUGAUUAAAGUGCUAGAGAGUAAUCUGAAACUGCUGACAGAAGAGAAGGCAUCUACAGAAAAUGAAAUAUCUGAACUGCAAGAUUUGUAUAGGCAUCAAACAAAUAGCCAUAUGCACGACUUUGUGACUGAUAAAGAGGUUGUAAUCAAACAAAUUGAGAUGAACAAUACAGCUGCUUGUGUUUGGUGCAAUAUUCCAGCUGACAUUCAGUCUCAAGAGUUGCCAGAUGUAGUAGGCAUUGUUGCUCUCCUUGGAUCAGUAAGCACGGAAAGCCUCAGUAGGAUGUUAGCCAAAUAUCUGGGCGAAGAACUCAUGCUAGCAGUUGUGUGCAAGUCCUAUGCUGCUGCUCGUCGUCUUGAAAAGUAUGGUGAAGGCGGAGAAGUUGAUCGCUCUGACGGUCUACAUGUAGUGGCAGCUCAGCUUGGGAGGCCGAUAAAUUGCGGGUUUCUUGUUAUAUGCCUUGAGGACCUAUGUCCAUUCAGAGGAAAGUUUAAAAGCGAUGAAGAUCCACAGAAAAAGCUGUCCUUGGUAGAUCCGAUUUUGCCAACGGGUGAGAUCCCAUCUGGGUUCUUAGGGCAUGCAGUUAAUAUGGUCAACAUAGAAAUCCAACACUUGCAUACAAGGACAAAUAAAGGCUAUUAUCUUCGUGAGACGUUGUUCUAUCUUCUUUUUGGAGAGCUGCAGGUUUAUGGAACUAGAGAACAAAUGAACCAGGCACGUGCUUUCGUAAAGCAUGGGGCAAUUUCUCUGGAUGGGGGUAUUUUGAAAAGCAAUGGAAUCCUUUUGCUUGGCCCACAGAGGGAACCCGAAGUCAGAUUUCCAGUUGUAGCAUUUGAAGCUCAGCUACAGAUAGCUCCUAACAUCAAAGACAUUGCUAAGAAGAUAGAAAAGAAUAGGUUGGAAUUGGGAGAAAUUUCUGUUAAAUGUAAUAAGGUGUCUAAAGAACAUGGUAAGACAAAGAAGAGGUUGGGAAAGAAGAUGCAACAACUAGAAAGGCAGUACAAUGAGUUAGGGGCGUUGCUAAAAGAAUCUUUACUAGGUAGCAAUUGUGCAGCGGACAACCCUAUACCAAGUGGAACUUCUGUAACAGACAACUGGGAAGAAGAGGAUUCCACCUAGGUGAUGCACCUUUCUAUGUUUACUGUUUUGUGUUUCUUGUAAAAAGAUAUGAAGAAACAGAGCUCAAGAGAUUAGGGAUAAAAAUGGUUUACUUGUAAUUAAACAGCGUAUAAGCUUAGGGUAGCGAUGCUGCUGUUGUAGAUGUCAGGGGUUACGAUAUUUAUAGGAUGAAAUCUGCAGUUUCCUGCUGAAAUCUCGUCGAAGACCUCAGUUUUUGUAAAGGUAACAGCAGAAGUAUAAUUUAUGAAAGUGAAAGUGUAUAGCCUUUUGUGUUGAUCUGUGUAAUUAGGUAUGGAAAGUUACUCCCGAGAAGUGGAUUUAUGUCAGAUUUAUACUCAAAUCUGAAAGCUACACGGUCAAGAACUUGAAGAUAUUUCAUUUGUUUCAAUGUUACGAUGAUCUUCUGCCUUCGAUUCAGUAAUGUC